ACGCCUCUCUCUCGUUCUUGCAACUUUAUGAUGACUCGACUGGCUGCAAAAAUACUUUUCACCUGAGCUAAAGAAAACUUGGAGUAGUGGAUACUUUGUAGUAGGACUUCGCCCAUACACCGCUAGCACCUGCCCAGAGGCGUGGACUAAAACGACGAAGAUUUUCCGGAAAAGUGUGAAGUGAAAUCAAAUUUUCGUCACCGGACGCGCUGCCCCCUAACUGACGUCUCUAACAAACUCAGCAGCGUCUCGGCAGUGCAGAGCCGGAGACUGUCGCGUUCUGUCGCGUGUAUUCGCCGAGUGUGCUGUUGUGUAUUAUAGCUAGCUGAAACGCUACGAUCCCUGCCCCUUCCAUACUUCUACAUCGCACGCCCCACGGAUCCGGAGCCGGCGGAGCAAUCAGGUCAUUUGUUGUGUCUCGGUCCAAGCGAAAAACACCGUCCGUAGGCAGGCUCGGUCGAAAGCACGAGAAGAAAGAAAAAUUUGCAGAGCGUAGAGAGGCGCGUGACGAAUAUGGCCAAAGUGAAGGCGCUCUACAGCUAUACCUACGACUACGAGGGCACGAAGAUCUCCUUCACGUGUGGAGACGAGUUCCAGUUGCUGGCAAAGGUCAACGCGGACUGGUGGCACGUUCGGAGAUGGGUAGAGAAGUGCUCACAAGACAUCUACAUACCCGCCGUCUACGUGAAAGAAGUUGGGGAAGACACGAACCCACUCUACCAGAACAUGUCAGAGCUGAAGAAACAGGUUGAAGAGUUCAAGAAAAAGGAGAGUUCUACGCCUCCACCACCCACUGCGAGAAAACCGCGACCUGAAAGAGCUAGUAGUGAGAAAAACAAGUCCAACCUGAUUGCAACAGUUGGGCCUGUUGUUGCGAAACCUGUGUCGCCGCCAGAGAAAAAGAGCGCACCUGAGGUGACCGAGAGUGUGGCGGACCUCGCGAAAAGGCUGGCAGAGAAAAUGCAAGCUAAGGAGCCGCCAGACGCCGAGGGAGGAGGGGGAGGAGUUCCUAGGACUGGGUCCACGUCACCUCUAGUAGCUCCAAGACGCAGUCAGAGCACCAGGAGACUCGAAAGCCCGGCUUCCCCGCGCCACACACGGAAACUAGACGGCAGCACUAGCGCGAAUCUUUUACCCGCAGUUCCAUCGAAGCCCCGCAGCUACAGUAUAAACACCAGACCGGCCCAUGCUGAGAGCCGUAAAGAAUCCCUGAGUCCACCGGAGUUGGUUCUGCAACACGGCGAGCCGCCGCCUCCUGCUACAAAGAUCGGGCAAGUCAAGAGUAAACUACCACCUCCGGUCCUUCCAAAGGCGAAACUCCGUCGCCCGAACUCGAUGGUGAUGUUCAGUCCGACCGAGACGGCGGGAGGUACGGAGGACCCAUUUGUGUCCGUGUUUCAGACGCAGCUGUCCGAACAGAUGAAGAAAGUUCGGUCGGCGAGCGGAGUGGGUGUGGCCUCGGGGAUUGGGGGCGGGGCUAUCGAGGCAAAGACGGUAGUAGCUGGUCAGGAAGGACAAAACUCAACUUCACACAGCGCCAAGCCGGUCCAGAACGGAGCUCUGUCACAUGACUCCACCACCACCACGUCCACACUCUCCCCCACCUCCCCCUCCUCCCUCUCUCCCCCCUCCUCCCUCCCCAACCUCACCAGAAACACACUCCCCGACAACUGGUCUGAACACAAGACCAACGAAGGCCACACCUACUAUUACAACUCGGCAACUGGCAAGUCCUCGUGGACACGCCCACCUUCUGCCAAGAAGACCACACCCACCACUAGCCCCACCCAACAGAACGGGACACCCGCAGACCCCCGAGAGAAAAUUGCUCCGAGAGGAUGGACUAAGGAGAUCAAUCCACUGAGUCAGACGCCCAUUUACACCAAUAGUAGGACAGGAGAGAGGUGGGCGCUGGCUAAAGACGGAACGGGCAACUACCACUACUACAACAUGUCCAACUCACUCAUAACGGUCGCCGAGCUGCCUGAAGUGGCUGACACUCCCUCCAGUAGGCUGAAGCAGCUGCCACCGACAGAGCAGAUCUAUGACCAACUGUCUCCACUGACUCCUAGUCCUAGUCCUAAUGCCACUGACAUUGAAUCUGCAGUCGAGUUUAGUUCCAACGCUAGAGCCCCGAGGCCAGACCCCUCCACCAUCUCCCCCUCUCACACCCACACCCAGCAGCACCCGUCCACCACUGGCACCGCCCCCGCCACGGGGGGCAUGCUCUCCGCACAACUGGAAGUCUUCCAUCACUCAUUCGCUAACAUGCAGCUGAAGAAACACGGAUACCUUCAGAGGAAAAGACUGUUUGAUGCUCAGGGCAAGCGGGGAAAGGGCGGGUGGCAGAAGGUGUACACGUCGCUCGAUAAUUUCCAGCUAAAGUUCUUCACGGACCAUAAGAUAGCGAUGGAUCCAGCCACCAAGCCACUUGGCACUUUCCACCUCCUCCAGGCCAACGUGUGUACUUACACCAAGGAGAAGAAAGUCAAACACAGUUUUAUGGUCAGUUCUCCAUUUGGAGAGCAGUUUCUCCUUCAAGCGGAAACUGCGACUCUCAUGAACGACUGGUACUCCACCAUCCAAACCUGUGUCCAUAAAGCAAAUGAGGACUACAAGCUACAUCCUGACAAGUACGCUGACCUCCGUCUCGACGAUGGAGAGAUAUCCCCCAAAGUUCUGGUCGGGAAAGGGCGGAGAAAAGGAUCAAAGGAUAUUCAGCCACUGAGUGUUGCAAUAGACGAAGACGAAGAACUUGACAACAUGGAACUUUCUGACAAAAGUGAUCGAAUCCGCAACAGGCUACGGCGGUUGAUGGCACGCAGACCACAGAUGGAAACUCUCCAGAAAAAAGGCAUCAUUGAAGAUCCAGUAUUUGGAGCCGACCUGGCCAAGUACUGUGAGUGUAAGAAGGUUCUGGUGCCCCAGUUCCUGGUCCAGUUCAUGGAACACAUCGAGGCCAACGGGCUGGACACUGUGGGUCUCUAUCGACUCUCGGGAAACGCCGCUUCCGUCCAGAAACUGAGGUGCCUCGUCGAACAAGACAGUCCGUUCAACCUGGACGACGCAGAGUGGGCCGACAUCAACAUCGUGACCGGUUGUCUCAAACUCUAUUUCAGAGAGCUCCCCGACCCUCUCAUUCCCGCCUCGCAGUUUCAGAAAUUCAUCGACGCUGCAAAACUUGCCCCGACACCGGCCCAGAGAAUAUCGGGUCUGGCAGACCAGGUCAAGGAGCUGCCUAAGAUCAACUACUGCACUCUCGUAGCUCUCAUGAAACACUUGAGAAAAGUGAUGGAUAAUGGUGCAGUGAACAUGAUGCGAUCGCAGAACGUUUCCAUCGUCUUCGGACCCACCCUCCUUCGCGCGGAGGGAGACCCUUUUGAAAUGGCAAAACUGACGCCCUUCCAGAACGGGAUAGUCGAACUAAUGCUGACGGAAUUCGAAAAGAUAUUCACGAGGAAAUGAUGCUAGUCCUUCUUGCCCUCUGUAUGUGUGUACUAUCGUGUGUGUGUGUGCUUUUGUAUUGCACAGUCCGGUACUAGGUGUGUGUGUGUGUAUGUUAUCCCACUGCCGUGUUUUUGUACAUCAUCGUCGGAUGUGUGUUUUUGUAACCAGUUGUGUAUGUGAUUCCAAAAUUGCCAUCACAACCUCUCUUUAGUCACACAAUUCUAACAAAACGAAGACAUUUUGAUGAGCAUGCGCAUGCAACGUUUAGCGCCAUUCUACUGCGCAUGCGUACAACGCACGGAGCGCGCUUAGGUUAUAUUAUCGCG